CGCGGUCCCCGGCCCGGGCGGCGGCGGCGGCGCCUGCGAGAACCCCGAGAAGUUCCAGUACGUGGAGAAGAGCCGCUCGUGCGCGCCGCGCUGCGGGCCCGGCGUCGAGGUCUUCUGGUCCCAGCGCGACAAGGACUUCGCCCUCGUCUGGAUGGCCGUGUGGUCGGCGCUGUGCUUCUUCUCCACGGCCUUCACCGUGCUCACCUUCCUGCUGGAGCCUCACCGCUUCCAGUACCCCGAGCGCCCCAUCAUCUUCCUCUCCAUGUGCUACAACGUGUACUCGCUGGCCUUCCUCAUCCGCGCCGUGGCGGGCGCGCAGAGCGUGGCCUGCGACCAGGAGGCGGGCGCGCUCUACGUGAUCCAGGAGGGGCUGGAGAACACCGGCUGCACCCUCAUCUUCCUGCUGCUCUACUACUUCGGCAUGGCCAGCUCGCUGUGGUGGGUGGUCCUCACGCUCACCUGGUUCCUGGCGGCCGGCAAGAAGUGGGGCCACGAGGCCAUUGAGGCCCACGGCAGCUAUUUCCACACGGCGGCCUGGGGGCUGCCGGCGCUCAAGACCAUCGUUGUCCUGACCCUGCGCAAGGUGGCCGGGGACGAGCUGACCGGGCUCUGCUAUGUGGCCAGCAUGGAUGCGGCCGCACUCACCGGCUUCGUGCUGGUGCCCCUCUCCUGCUACCUGGUGCUGGGCACCAGCUUCCUCCUGACGGGCUUCGUGGCGCUCUUCCACAUCCGAAAGAUCAUGAAGACGGGUGGCACCAACACGGAAAAGCUGGAGAAGCUCAUGGUGAAGAUCGGGGUGUUCUCCAUCCUCUACACGGUGCCUGCCACCUGCGUCAUUGUCUGCUAUGUCUACGAGCGCCUCAACAUGGACUUCUGGCGCCUUCGGGCCACAGAGCAGCCGUGCACAGCGGCCACCGUGCCCGGAGGCCGCAGGGACUGCUCGCUGCCAGGGGGCUCCGUGCCCACCGUGGCUGUCUUUAUGCUCAAAAUCUUCAUGUCGCUGGUGGUGGGCAUCACCAGUGGUGUCUGGGUGUGGAGCUCCAAGACUUUCCAGACCUGGCAGAGCCUGUGCCACCGCAAGAUGGCUGCUGGCCGGGCCCGGUCCAAGGCCGCCUGCAGGGCCCCCGCAGGCUACGGCCGGGGCACCCACUGCCACUAUAAGGCCCCCACGGUGGUCUUGCACAUGACUAAGAUGGACCCCUCUCUGGAGAACCCCACACACCUCUAGCGACAGGCCUGGCUCCAGGUGGUGGCUGCCCCCUCCCAGCCCUCCUCUCCCACCCCCCAGAGACAGCUGACUAGCAACCGUCCAGCUGUCAAGGCCAGGCGAGUGAGUGCGAGGGGCUGAGGCUCAGGAUGGGGACCCAGUGAGGCUCAUACCCUUGUGCCCCCUGAUGCAGGGGGUGGGGCUGCCUGAGUCCCCAGAGGGUCCUAGGAGAGGGCUGGAGAGAAGGAGGGGGCAGAGAGGACAUGGUCCCGCAGGGAGUUUAUUUAAUAAUGAUGUAAUUUAUUGCUGCGUUCUCUGGAAGCUGUGACUGGAAUAAACCCCCGUGUGGCA